AUGGAGGUGGGAGCUCCCGGGCCUGUGCUGGGGCUGCCCCUGCCCGAGUCGCCGCUGGGGCUCAGGGAGGGUCUCGGGCUGCAGACGCACCUCAACCUCCACCUACAGCAGCUCAGCCUCCACCUGCAGCCCCUCAUCCUCCACCUGCAGCACCUCAGCCUCCACCUGCAGCAGCUCAACCUCCACCAGCAGCUCAGGUGCACACGGGCCUUCCGCUCACGCCGCCUCGGGGCUUCCCGCCGGUCUGCGUACCGGAGCAGGUACCGCGUUCCCGCCACCGUCUCUGCCCACACCCGCUUCAGCCACGGCCGAGGACGCCGGGCACUGCCCCCUUGGGCCCGGGUCAGCACCAAGAGAGGCAAGCAGUCAAGGAUCAAAGGGGUCUGGCGGAGCUGCCCCCGGGAGCCAGGAGUCACCCAUGACAUCAUGAUGGACAUUGUGACCCCCGCCCUCCUGGGCAUGUCCCUGUGCCACGUCUGCCCCAGUCCAGCCUCCACCCUCGCCCCUCACCUGCCCCCAGCUCUGCCCUGUUGGUCCCCUCCCUGGCAAGCCCCACCCCCCCAGGUCCUAAGGCCCCAGUGUCAGGUCUGCCCCGGGCCCCACAGAAUCAGCUCCUACUGCAAGAGCAAGGGCUGGCAGCGCAUCCAGGACAGCCAGCGCGAGGACUACAAGCUCAAGUGGUGCGAGGUCAAGUGUCGAGACAGCUACCUCCACUUCCGAGAAGGCGAGCAGCUGCUGUACCAGCUCCCCAACAACAAACUGCUCACCACCAAGAUCGGGCUUCUCAACGCCCUCAGGGAGUACGCCAGGGUCAUCAGCAGGGUCAACAGGACAUCGCCGUGCCCACAGGCCAAAUCUGGAAGGGACCCCACACCCGCUCUGGAGGAGCUCCCAUGGACCAGCCCAGGACCCCUCGAGUCACAAAGGAUUCUGAAAAUGGAAGAAUUUUUCCCAGAGACCUACCGUCUGGACAUCAGGGAUGAGAGAGAGACAUUCUUCGGCCUCUUUGAUGGUGAGAGGCAGCUGGACCCGGGCCUGCUCGGGGGAGGCGGGGGGCUGAGAUCCAGGGAGCCUCCAAACUGUACCGACCGACAGGCACUCGGCCAGGGGAGGGAGCCCACAUGAGGAACAGGUCCAGGCGGGCCAUGUGCUCAGCCCCCACCUGCCCCCAGGUACAUCGAGAACCCGCUGCUGCUGGACGGGAAGAAGUUCGACGUGCGCUCCUACCUGCUCAUUGCCUGCGCCAUGCCCUACAUGGUCUUCUUCGGCCACGGCUACGCGCGCCUCACCCUCAGCCUCUACGACCCCGACUCCCAAGACCUCAGCGGCCACCUGACCAACCAGUUCAUGCAGAAGAAGAGCCCCCUGUACGUGCUCCUGAAGGAGGACACGGUGUGGAGCAUGGAGCAGCUCAACCGGCACAUCAACGACAAGUUCAGCAAGACCAAGGGCCUCCCCCGCGACUGGGUCUUCACCACCUUCACGAAGCAGAUGCAGCAGAUCAUGGCCCACUGCUUCCUGGCUGUCAAGUCCAAGCUCGAGUGCAAGCUGGGCUACUUCGACCUCAUUGGCUGUGACUUCCUGAUCGAUGACAACUUCAAGGUGUGGCUGCUAGAGAUGAACUCCAACCCCGCCCUGCACACCAACUGCGAGGUCCUGAAGGAGGUGGUUCCUCGCGUGGUCAUGGAGACCCUGGGUGAGGCCCUGCCCAGGCCCGAAACCCUCCAACUGCCUGCUCCAUCCCACCUCCUGCCCAAGCUCAGAUGCCUACACACCCAGCUCUCCCACAUCCCAGGCGCCUGCGGGUCCCUGUCCCCAAGG